AUGUCAGGGGAAUUGUUGCAAAAGUUUCUUGCGUCAAUCGAGCAUGAAGAUGGCAUUAGGAAGAAAGAAAAGAAGGCGAAAUCGAAGUCUGCCGUUAUGAAAAGUAAUGUAAAAAGUCUCCUACAAGCUGCUUCAAAGGGACAGGUUGAAUUAUCGCCAGAAGAAAAUUAUAUAAUCGCGAAACCAAGCACUUCCCGAGGUGACUAUAUCGAUGAUAGAUUGGCUUCUAAGGGUUAUUCACUGAUCGAGCAAGUCAGAGAUUUUAAGCCUCGCGAUUUGAAAAAGCGAAAUCUGAAAUAUGUUAAAUACCAAGAAACGAGAAAAUUAGAUCCUAAGAAAGGAAGAACACUUGUAGAAGAACACUUGAAGAAAAAAGCAGAUCUUCGCUCAUUACGGAAAUCUAAAAAGCAACUUGUUGGGUUAAAGGAGCCGAAGCGAAAUGCGAAGACGGGUAAAAAGAAGAGCAAAAAGUCUGGAAGUGUGUUUUCCGACGCGGAUUUUGCUGCCAUUUCGAAAGCUCCGAAACGGCUCGAAGAAUGGGUUCGUGAGUAUGUUAUGGCACCAGAUAGUAAUGGAGCACUUGCGGUAUGGGUUGGCCCAGUUCCCAUCGUGUUUCUAUGCGCCCAAGAAGUAAUUCAGCUUCUUCUUGAGAGCACUGAAAAUAUCACAAAGCCAGUUCAAUAUGGCAAAAUAAUGGAAUGGAUUAGGACUGUUUUACAACGAUAUCAGGAAACAUUUGCACAGCAGGGAAAAGUUCUCGUUGAGCUUCUUGCGAGAAAAACGGGUCAACCUGAGCCCUUCAACAUAUUCCCAUAUAUUAAACGAUGCGCUUUGGAUAUUAUUUGCGAGACUGCGAUGGGCGCUGUUGUAAAUUCCCAAAUCGGGUCGAAUAAUGAGUAUGUCGAUGCUGUUGGAAGAAUCUCUGAGCUGAUUUGGAAUUAUGAGCGACUCCCAUGGCUUUGGUUGAAGCCAAUUUGGUACGGAACUGGUCUUGGAUUCGAGUUUGAUCGAUUAGUAAAGCUCACCAAUGAUUUCACCAGAAAGGUAAUCGUACGACGCAAAGCCGAUUUUGAUGAGAAAAUCUUUGACAACGCAUACAAUGAUGAUGAUGAUCAAGAAUAUGGACGAACCAAGAAGCUGGCAUUCCUUGACUUCCUUCUUAAAAUGCAAAAGGAGGGAAAAUUGAACGAUGAAGAUAUUCGCGAGGAGGUCGACACUUUUAUGUUUGAAGGGCACGACACAACAGCAAGUGGAAUGGUGUUCACAUUGUGGUGGCUCGGCCAGUAUCCCGAGUAUCAGCAGAAAGUGCACGAUGAGAUGGACAAUAUAUUUGGCGAUGAUUACGAACGAAUGCCGACAAAUGAGGAUGUCAAACAGAUGGUCUACCUUGAAAAAUGCAUAAAGGAGGCCUUGCGAUUAUUUCCAUCAGUGCCCAUCAUUGCGCGAAAAUUGACGGAGGAUUUGAUUCUACCUCAUCCAACGUACGGAAGUGUCCGACUACCUGCCGGCAUGACGGUUGGCGCUUCGCCGCUAGCGUGUGCUCGAGAUCCACGCGAAUACGAGCGGCCUGAAGAGUUCUUUCCGGAUCAUUUCGACGCGGAACGCGUGGCGCGUCGCAAUCCCUACUCUUACGUGCCGUUCGCCGCCGGUCCGCGCAAUUGCAUCGGCCAAAAGUUUGCGAUACUUGAGGAGAAGACCGUGCUUUCAUGGAUAUUCCGCUAUUUUCGCGUUCGAUCGAAAGAGCAUUGGCCCGAUGGUCGUACCGUUCCGGAACUCAUUCUUCGACCCUACGACGGCGUCAAAAUGAUUAUUCUGGUUAGUUUGGUGAUUGGCUACGCAAUUUAUCUCGUCGUUGUGUAUUGUGGGAAAAUUCUCGAAUUGUGGAAGUUGAGUAGAAGAUGUUCGACAAAUUUGAAGAAAAUUCGAGGUCCGCCACACAUUCCACUCAUUGGAUCGGCCCAUCUGUUCAAAUGGGAUUCAUAUGAAUUCACUUUCCAAAUGGAGAAGUGGGCUCAAGAGUUUAUCUUCAGCAAAGCGAAAUGGGGCGAAACGAAAGCUGCCGAUGGGCUUAUCGACGGUAUCAUGACAUUGUGGGUGGGACCAGUUCCGGUGGUGUUCCUCGGCACACCGGAGACAAUCCGACCGGUGCUCGAAAGCAAUUCGAACAUCUCGAAGCCAAGUGAAUAUGACAAAUUGCGCGAAUGGCUCGGCACCGGCUUGUUGACGAGCACCCAUGAGAAAUGGUUCAAGAGGAGGAAAAUGUUGACGCCGACGUUCCAUUUCAGCAUUAUUCAGGAUUAUUUUCCGGUGUUCGUUGCCCAGGGAGAGAUUUUAAUGAAUUUAUUGGAGAAACAAGCGGAUGGCGAUUAUUUCGACGCGUUUCCGUACUUCAAAAAAUGCACAUUGGAUAUUAUUUGUGAAACUGCAAUGGGAAUUCAAGUCAAUGCCCAAUAUGGCCAAAAUAAUGAAUAUGUUGAGGCGGUGAAGAGGAUUAGUGAAAUUUUUUGGAUUCAUGCCAGAUUCCCUUGGUAUUGGUUGAAACCCGUUUGGUAUUUAAGUGGUCUUGGAUUUGAGUUUGACAGGAAUGUGAAGCUUACUAACGAUUUCACAAGACGGGUAAUCGCAGAAAGAAAAGAACUGCGCAAUGAAACUCACGAAGACGGCCGAAAGAAGCAUCGAGCAUUCCUUGAUUUGCUUUUGGAAAUGCAGCUUGAUAAGCAUCUGCUUACCGAUGAAGAUAUUCGGGAGGAAGUCGACACAUUUAUGUUUGAAGGCCACGAUACAACCGCCAGCGGAAUUGGAUUCACCGUUUUAUUCUUAGGAUUUUAUCCGGAAGCUCAAAAGAAGCUUCACGCUGAAAUGGAUGCUAUUUUCGGUAGUGACUCUGAUCGCACACCAACAAUGGAUGAUAUGAAAAAGUGUGUGUACUUGGAGAAGUGCAUAAAAGAAUCGUUGAGAAUGCUGCCGUCUGUUCCGCUCAUUGCUAGAAAAUUGUCAGAGGACGUCACAAUUGAACAUCCCAGUGGAGAGAAGAUAGUUCUUCCAGAAGGACUUACGGCAUGUGUGAGCCCAAUUGCUCCAGCAAGAGAUCCAAGAGCUUGGAAAGACCCUGGCACUUACAAUCCGGACAAUUUCGAUAUUGACGCAAUUUCGGCUCGGGACCCGUUCGCCUAUAUCCCAUUCUCCGCCGGUCCGCGCAAUUGUAUCGGCCAGAAGUUUGCGAUUCUCGAAGAGAAAACGGUGCUGUCGUGGUUCUUCCGGAAAUUCGAAGUGCAAUCAUUGGAUACUGAGGAGAACUUGAGACCGCUGCCGGAAUUGAUUCUGAGACCAUCGAAUGGGAUUCGCAUCAAAAUCAAACGACGCCAUCAAGAUUAA